UACUUUCUGCGUUGAUGGCAGCAUGCCAAAACCUCACUUCCUCUGUUCUGGCGGCAAUGAGAACUGGACGACAGAUUUGUCAUCGGUCCCGUCAGUAAGCGAGGUGGCGAUACGGGACUACUAUGACGGAAAAUCAGGUUCAUCCAGGCAGUUGCAGAAGUCAUAUAACUUCGCCGCAGAGUCAUACGUGGAUUGCAGUACCAUCAUGACGAAUACCGCAGAUAUCAGGUCUGGCAAGGUAUACGUUCGUGGCAAGUGCUACAGGAGCCAAAGCAAGAAUGGUACACCUUAUGUCACAUGUCUUGUGCUGUGCCCAAGUACUGGGUUGGUGGCAGACUCAUGGUGCCAGUGCCCUGCCGGUGUUGCUGGAGCAUGCAGUCACGCCAUGGCCCUACUUCGCACAGUGUCCCUCCUGAAAAUGCAUGGGUUUGACGAGUCUCCACCUGAACUGGCGUGCACAGAGCUCCCACAGCGUUGGCGCCGUCCAAGGCAAGCUGCCAUGAGAGCAGCAAGUAUUCAAGACAUCGAUUGGAGGAAGCCCCGAGAAGGAGGAAAGGAAACACCCACAUGGUCUCGUCUCUUUGACCCACGAAGAGAGGACGACCGCGAGGAGAGCAUGAACAGUGACGUCAAAAGCCUGGCUGAAUGUCUUGUAAGGAAAGGCCACCAAUUUGCUAUUGUGCUCCAAGAGGGAUCAAAGCUGCCAUUCAGUGAAACAAAGUUUGGUGAAGCCCUGCAAGGUUCACCUGCCACGUAUCAGCAGUCUCGCAAGCCUGCACAAUUAGAAGUAUGGCGGUCACAGAAUAUUGAAAUAGUUACAGAAAUGUGUGACCCAGAUGUGCCCACAAGGAUCAAUCUGUUUGAAGAUGCUGUCGCUGAGUAUCGACUACCACCACUUCUCGACAAGUGCCAGGCAGAUAUCUUGAAGGAAAUUGUUCUCACAAGCGAGGACGCUAGAGCUCUUGAACAGAACACCCGUCAGCAAGCGAGCAGUAAACGAUGGCUCUCUGCAAGGAAGUUGCGGCUUACUGCGUCACAAUUUGGCAAUGUUUUGCACCGCUCUCAGUGGACUGAAAAGGGACUGAACAACCUAACUGCUCAACGUGACCUGUCCAAGGCAUUGUGGUGGAUCCAAGCUGCCCUUGGUUGGGUGCCUCACCAGAUAGAUUCGUGCAUGACCCCACAGAGGCUAAACCUAAUGGUGUGCUUGAGAUCAAGUGUCCGUAUACACUGA